GCCUUAGUCAAUUAGGAUUUAUACAGCCUACCCCGAUUCAAAGACAAACAAUUCCUAUAGCUCUUAUGGGUAGAGACAUUUGUGGUGGUGCUAUUACUGGCUCUGGAAAAACUGCUGCAUUUCUGGUUCCUGUUAUAGAACGCUUACUAUACAGACCAAGAAAGAUUCCUUCUGUGCGAGUGCUUAUCUUAACACCAACUCGCGAGCUGGCUAUUCAAUGCCAUAGUGUCGCAACCAAAUUGGCAUCAUUCACUGACACAACACUUUGUCUAUGCAUUGGAGGAUUAAAUCUCAAAAAACAAGAAAGUGAACUUCGUGCACGCCCUGAUAUCAUUAUUGCAACUCCAGGACGAUUGAUCGAUCAUGUGCGAAAUUCACCUUCUUUUAGUCUAGACACUAUUGAAAUUUUGAUAAUUGAUGAAGCCGAUCGGAUGUUGGAAGAUGGUUUCUCUGCUGAGUUAAAUGAGAUCGUAAAGAAUUGUCCAAAAUCGAGACAGACAAUGCUUUUCUCUGCCACCAUGACAGAUAAUGUCGAUGAACUAAUUCGCCUUUCAUUGAAUCGACCGGUACGACUAAUGAUCGAUCCAACAAAGGCAACUGCAGUAAAGCUCAUACAGGAGUUUGUUCGUGUAAGAAAACAUCGCGAGGAAGAUCGGCCUUCUAUGUUAGUUGCAUUAUGUAAAAAAACAUUCCGUCGUAAAGUUAUAAUUUUCUUCAAAAAUAAAGCCACUACUCAUGAAAUGAAGAUAAUUUUUGGCCUUUUGGGGUUGAAAGCUGCAGAAUUACAUGGAAGCUUGUCACAAGAGCAG